CCUCCCCGAGUGGGGGAGAGAACCCAGGAGUCCUGGCUCCCACCCCCCUAACGACAAGACCCCACUCUCGUCCCAGAGCAGCCGUGGCCCGAAGGUGCAGCUGGCUCAUGCAAACUAAUGAGGAGAGACUGGACAGUUUGGGGGGAGGGGCUGGCAUCUCCCCUGGACCCCCUCCAUGCCGUGAACUCGCAGGGCCCUGCUUAGCUUCAUGCCCUGAACUCGCAGGGCCCUGCUUAGCUUCAUGCCCUCCAGCAGUAAACAAGCCAACAUCCAUCCGGGCCACUAGAUGGCGCUGAAGCUCCACGGGCCAAGCAGCGAGCGCUUGGCGGCAAGAGGCCUUGUGACCCAACCCCGCCUCCUGCAAAGGGAGGGGCUAGCACCUGAGCGCUACGGGGGCCGGCGGGGGAAAGGGAAAAGCUGAGACAGAAUGUACCAUCUGCGCCAGGAAAAGGGGGGUGGAUUCUAUAGAGGUCUCGGGGCCCUGCCCCAUGAGAGGGUGUAACCCCAAGUGGCCAGCCCACCAUGAGAAGGGGUGUAACCCCAGUGACCCUAUCCCCAUGAGGGGUUUAAUCCCAUAGCCUCGCCCUCCAAUGUGAAGAGGGUGUGGCCUCAGUGACCCCCUGUAUGAAGGGGCGUAACCCCAUUAGCCCUGCCCCCAUAAGUGGUUUAACCCCUCUUGCCCUGCCCCCAAUGGGAGGAGCAUGACUCCAGUGGCCCCGCCCCAAUGAGAAGGGGUGUGACCCCCCAGUGGCCCCGCCCCCAUAAAGUGUUUAAUCCCCAGUGGCCCCACCCACCACUGACCCCUUCCCCUGACUCUCCCCAGUGGCCUGUCUGCCCCAGCCCCAUGGGGCUGCCCCCAGCUCUCCUCCUCGUGCUCUGCCUCUACCCUGCCCCCCAGGGCCUGGCUCCCCCAGACCCAGGGCUGCUGGCCCAGGGCCGUGCCCGGCUGCGGGAGGCCCAGACGCUGGCCCAGCACCCGCAGCUGGGGGCCUGCUGGGCGGGGGCCCUGGGCAGGCUGGACGGGGGCUGCCAGCAGCUGGGUGAGGAGCAGCAAAGCCGCAUCGCCCUGGCCUUUGCCCACUGCCACCUGCAGAGGUCGGGCCGGCCCUUCCCUCGCUGCGAGGCCAGCAGCUCCGUCCGGGCCUGCACCCAGCACAUGGACCCUGUGGCCUUCGGGGUCUACACUGAAUUCUUCACCCAUGCCCACAGCAUCUGCUACCUCCUUCGCAGCGAGGCCUGGCAGCAGCAAGCUGAGAGCACCGUGCACAGGCUGGUUGCCAGUUCGGAGGGCGUAGCUGAGCGGCUGGAAGAGACCAACCAGCUGGCGGAGCAGGCAGCGCGGGCACAAGAGGCCACCUUGCGAUCCCAGGAGGAGAUCCUCCGCCAUGGGGAGCUGCUGAGACAGACACUGCAGGACUCCUCCAGGGGUGUCCGGGAGGCUUUUCGGGACAUGCAGGAGGCGGCCGGACGGCAACGCCUGGCCUUCGCCGAGAUCGUGAACCGCCUCAGCUUCCUGCACCGCUUCCUGGUGGGGGAGUCCCAAGCCCUGGGCUCCUUCCUCUACCACCUGCUGACCAGCAGCGCCGCCCUGCUGCUCACCUCCAGCCAGCGCACUGCUGGGGCCAGGUUGAUCCUGCUGGGCCUGGUCGGGGGCAACGUCUACCUGGAGCGUGUGGUCAGUGGACUCGUCUUGGAGAACACUGAGGCUGGCUCCGAUCCAACGGAGGCCCUUGCCAGCUGGGUGGGGCUAUGCCGCAGGCUGUGUGUGGGUGCCGGGCUGGCCGUCCUGGCCUAUUGCGUCCUCACCUACCGCGACGUGGCCCAGCAGAGCCGGGAGGUGCUGCGGGGGCUGCAGGAGACCCGGGCCCAGAUGCAGCACAUCCUGCAGGAGACAGAACGCCUGCUGGCCCAGCGGGGCCCAGACCCCAGCCAGGACAAUGCCGAGUUCGCCGACUCGGGCUUCCCGGAGCCCCUCUCCCGGCCAGAACGAGGAGCCCCCUGGGCGGAGGAGCUCAGCACCAGCAGCCCCAAGAGCCGGAGCCGCUCCCCGGCCCGCCAGCGCCCCCGGCCGCAGAGACGCACCAGCCGACGGGACUCGGAGAGACGCAAUGUUCCUGUGCCAGUGGACGGGGUGAGUGCGAGUCAGCAGGGUGCAACUUACACCCCCGUUCGCCCCCCACCAACCAGGAUCCAGGCCCCAGCGUCAGACACCCCCCUGAGAGUCCCGGCCCCCUGCUUUGACCAGCCUGAAAUGUGUCUCUUCCCCCAGCUGGGCUGCUACGAUCUCCGGCGCCGGCCGGCCCUGAGAGACCCCCCGCAAACGCCAGCCACAGUGAAGGGGCCCCUCUGCAGCGCCCGAAGGGGAAGAACUCAGUUGCCGGCGGCAGGUGCCAUCCUGCUGAGCCCAACCUGGGAUCAGACUCCUACUGCGUGAAUGUCGCCCCAAGCCGGGAGCCAGGACUCCUGGAUUCUCUCCCCAGCCUGGGCGGGUCUGAGUGAGACACGCAGGACAGGGGGAGGCUGCGUGAUGUUUUAAUGGAGACGGGCCGCGCCGCGGAUUUUAGCUGGUAAUAAAAGGAGCCUGACAAUUCGGUA